AUGGGGCAGAGUUGGGACAUGACACAGGCCGGACUCGAACCAGAGUCCCAAGAGGAAUGCAAGGCCAAAUGUGGUGUUCUUCAUAUCUCAGACAUGAGGAUCGUAAUACUGGGAGGACGAGUUCAGGGGAAGAGUUCAUCAGGAAACACCAUCCUGGGCAGACAGGAGUUUGGUACUGCAGGGAGAACAGCUGAGUGUGUGAAGAGAGAAGGAGAAACAGCAGGCAGACAUGUCACUGUAGUGGAGGCACCAGGAUGGUGGAUAAACUACACGGUAGAGCAGACUCCUGAACGUGAUAAAGGAGAGAUUGUCCGCAGUGUGUCUCUGUGUCCGCCAGGACCCCAUGCUCUACUCCUGGUCAUUAGGGUGAGUCAGACAUUCACAGAGACAUACAGGAGAGCAGUGCAGGAACAUGUGGAGCUUUUGGGUGAGAGAGUCUGGAGUCACACUAUAGUGCUGUUCACCUAUGGAGACUAUCUGGGAGACACAAGCAUUGAGCAGCACAUUGAGAGUGGAGGAGAGGCUCUGCAGUGGGUUGUAGAGAAAUGUGGGAACAGGUACCAUGUUGUAGACAAUAAGAAGACUGAUGGUGGCCAGGUGACAGAGCUGCUGGAGAAGAUAGAAGAGAUGGUGUCAGGAAACAAAGGUCAUCAUGUAGACUUUGAUGCAAAGAUCAUAAAUGGAUUAAUGAAGAGGAAGAAGGAAGAAAAGAGAAGAGGAAAGAAGAGGAGGAUGGAAGUGAAGAAACAGAGAAAGACUCUCAGAUCAUCAGCAGGUGGUGUUCCACAUAUCUCUGACAUGAGGAUUGUGCUGCUGGGAAACAGAAAUGCUGGGAAGAGUUCAUCAGGAAACACCAUCCUGGGCAGACGGGAGUUUGGUAAUGCAAGGAGAACAGCUGAAUGUGUGAAGGGAAGAGGAGAAACAGCAGGCAGACACAUCACUGUAGUGGAGGCACCAGGAUGGGGUCCCAACUCUCCUGUAGAGGAAACUCCUGAACGUGAUAAAGGAGAAAUUGUCCUCAGUGUGUCUCUGUGUCCUCCAGGACCCCAUGCUCUAAUCCUGGUCAUUAGGGUGAGUCACUCAUUCACAGAUACAUGCAGAAGAGCAGUGCAGGAACACAUGGAGCUUCUGGGCGAGAGAGUCUGGAGUCACACUAUACUGCUGUUCACCAGAGGGGACUGGCUGAGAGACACAAGCAUUGAGCAGCACAUUGAGAGUGGAGGAAAGGCUCUGCAGUGGGUUGUAGAGAAAUGUGGGAACAGGUACCAUGUUGUAGACAAUAAGAAGACUGAUGGUGGCCAGGUGACAGAUCUGCUGCAGAAGAUAGAAGAGAUGGUGGUAGGAAACAAAGGUCAUCAUGUAGACUUUGAUGCUGAGAUCAUAACUGGAUUGGUGAAGAGGAAGAAGGAAGAAAAGAAAAGAGGAGAGGAGAGGAAGAUGAAGGUGAAGAAACAGAGAGAGACUCUCAGGUCAUCAGCAGGUGGUGUUCCACAUAUAUCAGACAUGAGGAUUGUGCUGCUGGGAAACAGAGAUGCUGGGAAGAGUUCAUCAGGAAACAAAAUCCUGGGCAGACAGGUGUUUGGUAGUGCAGGGAGAACAGCUGUUUGUGUGAAGAGAGAAGGUGAAACAGCAGGCAGACACAUCACUGUAGUGGAGGCACCAGGAUGGAGGAAGAACUCCACUGUAGUAGAAACUCCUGAACGUGAUAAAGGAGAAAUUGUCUCUAGUGUGUCUCUGUGUCCUCCAGGACCCCAUGCUCUACUCCUGGUCAUUAGGGCAGCUGCGUCAUUCACAGAGACACACAGAAGAGCAGUACAGGAACACAUGGAGCUUCUGGGCGAGAAAGUCUGGAGUCACACUAUACUGCUGUUCACCAUAGGGGACUGGCUGGGAGACACAAGCAUUGAGCAGCACAUUGAGAGUGAAGGAGAGCCUCUGCAGUGGGUUGUAGAGAAAUGUGGGAACAGGUACCAUGUUGUAGACAAUGAGAAGAGGGAUGGUGGCCAGGUGACAGAGCUGCUGGAGAAGAUAGAAGAGAUGGUGGCAGGAAGCAGUGGAGAAUGGAGCAUGGGUGUACCUCCAGAAUUUGGAGAUGGCCAUACUCAAGUGAGCACUUCAGGGGACUCUGCUCUGGGCUCUUCUAAAUCAUCUGGUGUGUCCAAGCUGAUGAGGCGCUUAAAGACUCUCAGCACUGCACCCUCUACCACGUCAUCUGGGUAUGGCACAGGACAAUCAGAGAUGAGUGGAUCUGCAGGCAGUUCAUCUUUAAUGGCUCCACGCUCCAGAUUGGAAGGGGAGACCAAGACGACAACUGCACAUCGUAGUGCCGGCAGUCAAAGACAAGGUCUAUUUGUUGACAUUUCUACAAUAUCUUUGAAUGAGACUGAAUGCAUUGGACGAGGAUCCUUUGGGUCAGUUUACAAAGGAUCAUACCAGGGAAAAACUGCUGCAGUGAAGGUCAUACAGAGACAUGUAGGGGGCACUCAAGUGACCACAAAUGAACUGAUGAUACCCAGGCGUUUAUGUCACCCCAACAUUGUGCAAAUGAUGGCAUGCUCUGUAACUGAGACACGGAUCCUUAUUGCUAACGAGUACAUUGAUGGACCAAAUCUACACAAUAUUCUCCACUGCGUUACUCCUGUCAAGUUGCAGCAACAGGACAAACUAUCAGUGGCUCUGGAUAUCUCCAUGGCUGUGGAGUACAUACAUGAUAGAGGAGUCAUCCACCAGGACCUGAAGCCAGCUAAUAUAGUGGUUUCUUCAUGCUCCAAACGAGCCUACCUGACUGACUGGGGUUUGGCAAACGUGAGGGACUCUGUGAUCAUGACAACAAGGGCAACGGGACACAUGGGAGCUGGGGGUGGUAUGCUGGGGGGAACGCCGCCUUACAUGGCCAGAGAGUGCUUAGCACUGUGUAGGAAAUGCAGCACCAGGUCAGACAUGUGGUCUCUUGGCAUCACACUUCUCGAGAUGUUCACCAACUCUAAGCCUUGGCUCAAGACCAGCCCACAAGAGAUUCGUGAGCGGCUGUUUGACCAAAAGAGUCCAGAUGCUCUGGCCAAACUACAGCCACCUUUUCUUGACAUUGUGAAACCGUUGCUACUGCAUGAACCUGAGUCUCGAAUGAGUGCCACAGAUGUAGUGCUUCUGCUAAAGAAAAAAGUUAAAAGAUCAACUUAGCAUAACAUAGAAAAAUUGAUGCAAUACAAAACAUCAGAGAGAAACCAGUAAAUUAAAUAUUUAAUGUUAAGAUGUAACAUUAUCCUUUGGCAAUAAGAAAUCUCCCUCCAUUUGUAUUUUUGUAAUCAAUGUUGAUUGAUUGAAAUGUACAUAACAUGCUUGAUAAAUGUGCAAUAACAGAGCAGUUAACAGUUUCAUUGUGUUUUAAAAUGCACAACAUUUGUUUCUCUGCCUUUAAAAAAAUUGGAACAGUAGUAAGGUAAAUGAACUAGGCUGCCAUCUUCUUCAGCCUUUGUAGGGAACAUCUCCUCCAGGGUCUGCUCUGUACUCCAAGAUGCUAAUGAUGUAUUCUAUUCUUUUGUAUCUGUACUAUGUACACAAUUUAAUUAAAUAAUCUGCCAAGUGAGUCUGAAGUUGGUAAUUAAAAGUAGAAAAAAUACAUGGCAACAAUAUUAGUUGAUACAAAAUGCGUACAUGUUCACCUGCCACACAAGAUAAUGAUGAAAUUGUAUUGCCAGUUGGACCAUUUAAAUGUGGAGGAAAUGUGGACAUUUAAUUUUCUAUAAGAUACU